AUGAAGGCUACCGCGGCGUCUCUUGCUAUCUCGCUGGCUGCGCUGUGUAGGGUUGGAGAUGCUGCCCCGACACUCACAGAGCCUACAGCGACUGUCCGCAAUGGAACUUACGUCGGUGUGCAGAACGCACACUACAACCAAGACUACUUCCUUGGGAUCCCCUACGCUCAGCAGCCUAUCGGUAAUCUGCGGUUCACCAUUCCCCAGUCUUUGAAUGAGACGUGGGAGGGGACGAGAGAGGCGAAGGAGUAUUCGGAAAUCUGUGUUGGAUAUGGAACCGAUUCGAUCUGGUACCAGCAAGGCGAGGCUUGCCUGACCCUCAACGUUAUCCGGGACUCGUCGGUAGAUGCUGGCUCGAAUCUCCCCGUUGGCGUCUGGAUCCACGGGGGUGGUUUCGCUCAGGGCUCUGGUGCGGACCAGAGAUAUAACAUGUCGGCGAUUGUCGCCAACUCGCAUCGAAUUGGUAAACCCUUCCUCGGAGUAUCGCUCAACUACCGCCUCUCAACCUGGGGCUUCCUAGGCUCAAAGGAGAUUACGCAGAGCGGAAACACGAACCUCGGCCUCCGCGACCAGCGCCUUGCCCUCCACUGGAUCCAAGAGAACAUCGCAGCAUUUGGCGGUGACCCGAGCAGAGUGACCAUCUUCGGUGAAUCCGCCGGAGGAAUGUCUGUCGGCGCGCAACUGAUUGCGUACGGUGGCCGCGACGAUGGACUUUUCCGAGCGGCUAUUAUGCAGUCCGGCGGAUCGAUCAUGGCCUCGCCGAUGAAUACGACGGCUUAUCAGGGGAUGUAUGAUGAAAUUGUGGGGAAGGUUGGGUGUCGCUCGGCUCGGGAUACCUUGCAGUGUUUGCGAGAGGUUCCGUUUGAGACCUUGAAUGCGCUGUUCAAUGGCACGGAUGGGAGUCCGGCGUAUAAAUUUUCACCGACCGUGGACCAUGAUCUGAUCAGGGAACGAGGCAGUAACCAGCUGGACAAGCAUGAGUUUGUCAAGGUGCCGAUUAUUGUUGGUACGAAUACGGAUGAAGGUGCAUCGUUUGGCCCGACGGGAAUCAACACGACGGAGCAAUUCUACAGGUACCUGACAAACGGCGACUCUGGCUUCAAGCUCCCACCACCCAUCGCCCGUGAAAUUCUCGACCUCUACCCAGACGACCCAUCCCAGGGUAUCCCCGCAUUCCUAGGAUCCCAACGCAUCCCUUCAAAAGGCUACCAAUGGCGCCGCACCUCCGCCUACGCAGGCGACUACAUGAUGCACGCGAACCGCCGUCGGCAAUGCGAAGCGUGGGCAGAAGCCAACGUCCCGGCCUACUGCUACCGAUUCAACAUGCGCAGCGGAAACAGCGACUACCUCUCCGGCGCGGCACAUUUCGAAGAAGUUGCUUUCGUGUUUAAUAACAUUGCUGGACUGGGAUACCACUACGGGCUGCCAUUCGAGGGGAUGCCGGAGUCUUAUUCGAGGUUGAGCACGAUGAUGGCGAGCAUGUGGGCGGCUUUUAUCCAUGACCUUGAUCCGAACUCGGGGGCUGCUGCGGAUGUUUAUUGGGAAGGGUAUGGAGUGGAACAGCCGGCGGAUAUUGUUUUUGAUGCGAAUGUUACGGCUUUGGGGUACAUGGAGGAUGAUACGUGGAGGAAGGAGGGGAUUGAUUUUAUCAAUUCCGUGGCCAAGGCGCUUUGGCGAUAG